GUGGAUCGAAACAAGAGAAAUCUGGUGUCCUUCACUUUACUUUUCAAAGUUUUCAUCCAUCUUUAUUUUUCUGUCUCCUCUUUUAUUUUCUUUCGUUGGUUGUGUGGAAGAGCAGAACAACGUUUUAAGUUGCCUUUCAAAUCUGAUCAUCAUGUUUCUGAUUCUUCUAGCCACUACGGAGUUAAAGGAUUUUUUUGCCAAGGCCCGGAAUGGUUCAAUCCGCCUCAUCAAAAUCGUCAUUGAAGAUGAGCAGCUGGUGCUGGGAGCCUACAAAGAACUGUCUCGGCGUUGGGAUAAGGACUACGACUCCUUUGUUUUGCCAUUGCUGGAUGAACUGCAACCCUGUUACAUUCUCUACCGGCUGGACACUCAGAAUGCACAGGGCUAUGAGUGGCUCUUCAUCUCCUGGUCACCUGACAACUCCCCGGUAAGACUGAAGAUGCUCUAUGCAGCAACCAGAGCAACAGUGAAGAAAGAAUUUGGAGGAGGACACAUAAAGGAUGAGCUCUUUGGAACAGUUAAGGAAGACAUCUCCCUCAGUGGCUACCAGAAGCACGUGUCAUCCUGUUCUGCCCCAGCUCCUCUGACUGCAGCGGAACAAGAGCUUCAGCAGAUCCGAAUCAAUGAGGGGAAAACAGCCCAGGUCAAGACGGAAAUCAGCGUAGAGAGCAAGCACCAGACCCUCCAGGGGCUGGCUUUUCCCUUGCAGCCGGAAGCACAACAGGCCAUACAGCUACUAAAACAGAAGAAAAUCAAUUAUAUCCAGCUGAAACUGGACCUGGAAAGGGAAACCAUAGACUUGGUGCACACGCAUGCCACUGAGAUAGCAGACCUGCCUAAAAGAAUUCCGCAAGAUUCUGCCCGCUAUCACUUCUUUCUGUAUAAGCAUUCUCACGAGGGAGACUAUCUGGAGUCGAUCGUGUUUAUCUACUCCAUGCCUGGUUACAAAUGUAGCAUCAAGGAGCGCAUGUUGUACUCCAGCUGCAAGAGCCGGCUGCUUGACUCCGUGGAGCAAGAUUUCGGCCUAGAGGUUGCAAAGAAGAUUGAAAUUGACGACGGAGCUGAGCUGACUGCAGAGUUCCUGUAUGAGGAGGUUCAUCCUAAGCAGCAUGCCUUCAAACAGGCCUUCGCCAAGCCCAAGGGGCCCGUGGGAAAACGAGGACAGAAGCGACUUAUCAAAGGACCAGGCGAGAACGGUGAAGACAGCUAGAGCACAGUGGACAGGAGGGAUGGGCCAGGGGGAGGGGCUGUGAAUGUCUCUGCCAGCCUCCAGAAUUGCAGCUCCAACCAAAUCCAUUUCUCUGCAUUUGAGCCUGUCCACUGGACUCCAGAGGUUUCCCCUCCAGCUCUACUUUCACAAUCACGGCCACUUGGUUUUGUCAGGGAGAGGGGAGGGUAGGCAUCUGGGGGAGGGAGGAGGGAGGAGGAAGAAGGGGAACACUGAGUGUUGCUUUUUUCCUCUUCCCUCUUGCUCUCUCUCAUGUAAACCUUGGGUGAGGGGGGAAAUAUCCCAGUCCUACUUUGAAACAGCACUUCAGCUGCUGCUCCUGUUAACUGCUUCACAUUGUGACCUGGUUUACGUGGAAACUGCAUCGCUCAAAGGACUUUGUUCACUGCUUGUCUGAGGGAGCUGCUUUUUGUGCAAAAGAGCAGUCCUACAAAAUGAACCCUCCACAUGCCCUUUUUCUCGUGGGUGCUGUUGGAUGCAUUUUUCACAAAACGGAAUCCCGUGCUGUUAACACUGUCCCUUUCCAAGAUGGCCUGUUUGCUUGGGAAGUGACUCGUACAUACUGUGUGUUAAAAUAAGGAGUGUGUCGCAAGGAGUCACACAGCGAGGCUCUCUCCCCACCCUACCCCACUUCUUUGGGGUUGUUCAGCUUAGGCCUGUGGAUUUGGUGGGGAAAGUGCUAGAGAUUAAUGGGUGAGUUGUUCAAAAGGCAAAUAUGCAUUUGGGAGAAGAAAACCUCUGCGUGGCAAAAGAGGAGCUGCUUUCCUUGACUCUUUUAGAAGCCUCGACAGUCGUGCCUUGCUACAUAGCCUUGCUUGUGGCAAAAGAGUGGGUUUUCACCACAUAUCCAUGCACGUCCCCAGGAUUUCACUAAGACAGUUUUCUGUCACUGCCCACUUGGUGGUUUGUAAAGCUGCCAGUUUGGAGACAACUUGACUGAUUUCCGUUCUUCCCCCAAAAUCAAACAGCUCACUGCCUUAAAGUACAGCCACAUGAGAAGAGAAGGUUUGGGGCGAUUAAGAACAGGGGAGA